CAUUUGGUGCAGCAGCCAAUCCGCGUUUACAGUAAAACACCAUACUUCCUGUUUCGGGUUAAAGAAAAUAUCGCAAUUAAUGGUAUAUUCAAUCUGAUAUGACGAAUGAAUUGCAGUGACUUACCAUACCGUUUAUGAGAGAGAACACACGAUGGAAUAGAGGCAGACUCUGUACUACAGCUUCUUCUGCACUCCUCCAGAAGAGAGACGAGGCAGGGCCAGGGGCCAUGAGGGAGAGCUGAAAAGAAGGCCUGACCAUGUCUGUGUCCCUGCUGUGGGCAGUGGAUGUGUACGGGCGCGUUUACAGCCUGUCCACCGGAGGGCAGCAGUGGGAGCAGUGUCAGGAUGCCGUGUUAGAGUUUAAGAGGGUGACAGCAGUACAGCAGUGUUGCUGGGGUAUCGCCUGUGACCACCACAUCUACCUGAAUGUCCACUCUAGUGAUGUACCCAUACGUUACCAGGAGGAGACAUACGAGAACCAGCGAUGGAAUCCCAAGGAUAACUUCUCGGAUCACUUGUUACCGAGCGACCGCUGGCAUUGGAGUGACAUCACAGGGCUGGAACACCAACCCCUGGACAGUUUCCUUCUUCCCUCCACCAACUGGGAGUGGGAGGGGGACUGGUACAUUGACGAGAACUUUGGAGGAGAACCCACAGAGAAAGGAGGUUGGACCUAUGCCUUGGACUUCCCUGCCACCUACAUCAAAGACAAGAAGUGGAACUCGUGUGUCCGUCGCCGGCGAUGGAUCCGCUACAGGAGGUACAAGGCCACAGACACCUGGGCCAAGAUCCCAUCUGAGGGUCACAGUGGUCCCCUGCCAGACCCCUUUAAUGACAUCAGCUGUGGGGGCUGGGAGAUCAGUGAGGAGCCCAGGGGGAGGCUGUCUCUGUGGGCUGUCUCUCUACAGGGCAAGGUGUGGUUCCGUGAGGGUAUCCACCACCACAGCCCAGAGGGGGAAGGCUGGGAGGAGGUGUCUCUGCCUGGGGAGGUAGUGCAGAUCAGCUGUGGUCCCGGGGACCUGGUUUGGGCUGUGCUCUGGGAAGGACAACUCAUCGUCAGGGAGGGCAUCACCAGAGACUGCCCACAAGGCUUGUGCUGGGUGGUGGUGGACUCUCCCAACCCAGAGGCCGGGGCCAUCCACGUAGCUGUGGGGGACAACGUAGUCUGGGCCGUCACCAAGGACAACAAAGUAUGGUUCAGGCGUGGCAUCAACUCCCAUAACCCAUGUGGUUCAGGCUGGAUCGGGAUGGUCGGGGAGAUGGUCAUGGUCAACGUGGGCCUCAACGACCAGGUGUGGGGUAUCAGCUGUGUGGACCGGGCAGUGUAUUUCCGUCAGGGUGUGACCUCCAGUGAGUUGAGUGGUAAAGCCUGGAAGGCUGUCAACGUGCCCCGAGACGGAGACAUCAGGUCCCACUCCUCCGCCAGCAUUAGCAGUCUGCACAGUGCUGGUUGUUUCUUCAGUGGUGAGGUACAAGCCCAGUCUGUGAUGAGUGAAGACUUGGACACAGAGGGCGGUCCACAGAGGGCGGUCCUAGAAGUAGGGACAUGCCCCUCGUCUCCUCCCCCCGAGCCCCCUCCCAUCGACCCCGACGUCCCCAAACCACGCAUCCCUAAGGUCACCAGCGACAGCUUCAUCUCUGAGAUGCUCUCCGACCGUCAGGUCAAACAGGAGGCUGCCACCACUGCCAGUCCCUCUAUCCCAGAAGAGGAAGUCGCUCUUGGGGAACCAGAGGCCAAGUGUCCCCCUCCGGCUCUGGUUCUCUCCCCCAGCCUGUCUGGAGGGCUUGGGGACCCCCAGUGGAGUAACGUGGACCUGGAAGAGACCCAGACUCACCUGGCUGUGGGGCCUGCCGUGGUGAGAGGGGACUCGGCUGACACCUGUAGUCUGUCCUCGGUGGCCACCUACACCCUGUGUCAGGGGGAGCCAUAUGGGGCAGAUGAACACCCGCUCUGGGCAUGGGUCAGUGGAGGAGGCUGUGGUGUGAACUGUCACUCCCAGCUCAACUGGUUCAACUCUGCCACAGCCCUGGCAUCAUCAGUCCAGUCCAUGAGUCUGUCCAUCAGUCCAGCCCAGACAGCUGCCUGGCGGAAACAGAUCUUUGAGCAGCUCAGCGAACGCUCUAAGAGAGAGAUGGACCACUUUAAACACUACGAACAGGCCGUAGAACAGUCUGUGUGGGUGAAGAAAGGGGCCAUGCAGUGGUGGAGGGACUGGAAGCCCCAUAAGUGGGUGGACGUGAGGUUUGCCCUAGAGCAGUUCUCAGGACCUGAGGGAAACCAGGACGGCAUCCUCUUCCUCUACUACAACUUCAACGAGGAGAAGAAGUACCUGCAUGCAUUCAUCAACGAGGUGACUAUCUUGGUGCCGGUGCUGAAUGACUCCAAACACACGUUUGCCAUCUACACAGCAGAGCGGACCAAACAGAGGUGGCCUAUCAGACUGGCUGCUGCCACUGAGGUGGAGAUGCACGACUGGCUGGCCCUGCUGAGUGUGUCGUGCUGUGACUCCCGGGGGAUCCAGGGUCCCCCCUCUAAACAAGCCAUCUGGUCAGUCACCUGUAAAGGAGACAUCUUCGUCUGUGAGCCUUCGCCUAGCCUGGAAGCCUGUCCCUACCCCACACCCUGCGACCAGAUGUUCUGGCGUCAGGUGGGGGGCCACCUACGUCUGGUGGAGUGUAACAGUCUGGGGGUGGUUUGGGGGGUAGGCUACGACCACACUGCCUGGGUCUACACCGGCUAUGGAGGGGGAUUCUUCCAGGGUCUGGCCAGCAGCACAGAUAACAUCUUCACCCAGACAGAUGUGAAGUGUGUCUACAUCUAUGAGAACCAGAGGUGGAACCCAGUCACAGGUUACACCAACAGAGGCCUCCCAACAGACCGCUACAUGUGGAGUGAUGCAACAGGACUGCAGGAGUGUACCAAGGCCAACGCCAAACCUCCAUCCCCUCACUGGACAUGGGUAGCAGACUGGACCAUUGACUAUGGGAUCUCCGGGGGGACAGACCGAGAGGGUUGGCAAUACGCAGCUGAUUUCCCAAGGUCGUAUCAUGGCCACAAGACCUUGAAGGACUUUGUUCGUCGUAGACGAUGGGCCAGGAAGUGUAAACUGACGACCACAGGGCCGUGGCAGGAAGUCCCACCCAUCCCGUUGAGUGACGUGACCAUCGUCCUGUGUGGAGCUCAGAGCAGUGUUGAGCCGAUCCCUCUGUGGGCCAUCAGUAACAAGGGAGACGUGCUCUGUAGACUGGGGGUCACCCUACUGACUCCUGCCGGGACGUCGUGGCUUCACGUGGGCACAGACCAGCCGUUUAAGUCUAUCUCCAUCGGUGGGGCCAACCAGGUGUGGGCCAUUGCCAGGGAUGGAUCUGCCUUCUACAGGGGCUCUGUGUCCUCAGAGAGCCCUGCAGGAGAUUGCUGGUACCACAUCCCCUGUCCUGAAAGACAGAAGCUCCAACAGGUGUCUGUGGGGAGAACGUCGGUCUACACUGUGGAUCAAAAUGGUAACCUGUGGUUCAGACAGGGCCUGACUCCCAGCUACCCCCAGGGAUCAUCAUGGGAACACAUCUGCAACAAUGUACGCAAGGUCUCCGUAGGACCUCUAGACCAGGUGUGGAUCAUAGCUGACAAGGUGCAAGGCAGCCACAGUCUGAGCUGUGGGACAGUUUGCCACCGUCUGGGGGUUCAGCCCAUGGAGCCAAAGGGACAGUCGUGGGACUACGGCAUCGGGGGUGGCUGGGACCACAUCACUGUGAGAGGGAACUCCAUUGAGGCUCCUCGUGUCCGUAUGCCCUCCCUGACACCCUCCCUCACCUCCUCCUUAACGGACCCCCUCCGCCCCCCUCCACCCCGCAGCCUGCUCCCUGUCAUGAUCACAGAGAUGGAGAACGGGAACGCUGUCAGAUGUUAAACACACACACCUACAGUACUUGCUAGUGGACACUAUCUCUGUUCUGCCUUCAGCCCAACUCUCUCUUCAGAUACGCCACAAUGCAACUACCCCACAAUCCACACUGUACUGUAGCUCCCAGCUCCAGCCUCAGCUCUUCUGACCUAUCACCUGGCUGUGUUAAUUGAACCCUAUCUCUGCGCCCUCAACUUGACUCAGCCAAUCACCUUUUCUCUUUACAGCUAGCAGAUCAUGUUCAGUAUUUCCCACAUAGAGCACUAAUGUCGUUUUUAAACCGUGUCACUGAGUCUUUGAACAUUGCGCUAUUGUAAUUUAAAGGUUAACUCAGCUAAAAGACGUUGCCACGAGAAGCACCGCAAAUAUUCAGAUGAUUUAGAUGCAAGUCACACACAGUAUCUGCACAUGUACACAGGAUCAUUUCACGCUGUUGGAGCGGUAGGUACGCAUCGCUUCACGCUGUUGGAGCGGUAGGUACAGAUCGCUUCACGUUGGUAGAGCGGUAGGUACGGAUCGCUUCACGCUGUUGGAGCGGUAGGUACAGAUCGCUUCACGUUGGUAGAGCGGUAGGUACGGAUCGCUUCACACUGUUGGAGCGGUAGGUACAGAUCGCUUCACGUUGGUAGAGCAGGUAGGUACAGAUCGCUUCACGUUGGUAGAGCGGUAGGUACGGAUCGCUUCACGCUGUUGGAGCGGUAGGUACGGAUCGCUUCACGCUGUUGGAGCGGUAGGUACGGAUCGCUUCACGCUGUUGGAGCGGUUGGUACGGAUCGCUUCACGCUGUUGGAGCGGUAGGUACGGAUCGCUUCACGCUGUUGGAGCGGUAGGUACGGAUCGCUUCACGCUGUUGGAGCGGUUGGUACGGAUCGCUUCACGCUGUUGGAGCGGUAGGUACGAAUCGCUUCACGCUGUUGGAGCGGUAGGUACGCAUCGCUUCACGCUGUUGGAGCGGUUGGUACAGAUCGCUUCACGCUGUUGGAGCGGUAGGUACGGAUCGCUUCACGCUGUUGGAGCGGUUGGUACGGAUCGCUUCACGCUGUUGGAGCGGUAGGUACGAAUCGCUUCACGCUGUUGGAGCGGUAGGUACGGAUCGCUUCACGCUGUUGGAGCGGUAGGUACGGAUCGCUUCACGCUGUUAGAGUGGUAGGUACGGAUCGCUUCACGCUGUUAGAGUGGUAGGUACGGAUCGCUUCACGCUGUUAGAGUGGUCGGAUCGCUUCACGUUGUUAGAGUGGUAGGUACGGAUCGCUUCACGCUGUUAGAGUGGUAGGUACGGAUCGCUUCACGCUGUCAGAGUGGUAGGUACGGGACCAAAACAAAGGAAAUUGACCCACUAUGCUGUUUACUUUCUGCAUCUACUUCAUAUAUGAGUCUACGUUUAAAUCUGUGCUCUUAAGAUAACUUUGUUUUACUUAUGGUUUUUGUUUGGUUGAAUGUUUUGUAUGUGUGUGUUUGGUAUGUGUUUGUAUGGUAUUAUGUGAGUAGAUUUUUUUAUUUUUAUGUUAUGUUGGUAAUUGAUUGAUCUUUUUAAAAUAAUAUAUGUGUUUUGGGGAUGUAUUCAAUGUGAUUGGGGCGACGUUAAGAUGGGUAAGAAAGCAUCACUGUCGGCCCAAUUAUUUGUGACUUAUUAUAAAAAGUCUGUAUCAGGAAGUUACAGUACUUACUACUUUGUACCUGCUGGCAACAGGUCGAGAUUCUACUGGAGUCGCACCAAAAACGAGAAGGAUUUAUUUAAUGAGAACUUUUGUUAUUAAGGUUUGAUAACACAUGAUGCUUUUACAGGUCUAGGCCUUCCCCCUGAAUGGUUUGUAUCUGUGAUGGCCACAGUGAAGAGUUUGUAGGCCCAUGUAUUUUUGACAGCACUCGAAAAGAAAGUAUAUAUUCUUUUCAUGAAAAAUUUGCAUUGUGUAGUUCUACACUGGACCAAAGUGUGAAUUGCUUGGAAAGUGAUGUCUUUGCGGGGCUUUAAAGUUUAUCUGUUUAUUUCUCAGGAAAAUAAGAGUUCUCCUAAACGCUAUUAUUGGCAUGUUUUUGACCUUCUACGAUUGUAGCAGUAAUGACUGACAGGCAACACACGUGAAAGGUUUGGUGGAAAGAACAAAUCAAUACUUUUUGUUAUAAAUCUGUAUAUGAGUUUAGUAUAAAUGUUUUAAUGGGGAUAUUUCAAGGUUGGUUAUUGUACGUUGGUAUAUAAAAAGGUAAAAUAUUAGUCCUAUGAACUAUUAUCCAUAAACCACAAAAGCUGAAACUAGCACAUUUGGGCAUUAAUUGAUCUUACUUCUCUACAUGGAAACCAUAAGCGAAUAGCUAUCACUGAUAUACUGGAACUACAAAUAAUUGAUUGUACAGAAAACUGUGUGAAAACUCUCACUUUAUCUUCCUAUGGCAGUUCCUAAUACAAAGAGGGCGUUUUUUGAUAAUGUUUCACUUACUACUGUUUAGAACUGUACAGGCUUCAUCCUAAAGGAGCGGCACAUGCUUGUCAUGCUGUGGUGUACCCCUUCACCUUCCAAGCUUUAAGUGUUAGGUCUAGAGGAGGACUUGUCCGUUUAAAAAAUGAUUCCAUUGUUUUUAUUGAUUAUAAUGUCAAUUAAAAUACUAUAAUCAGGUACUAUUCUAAUCCCAA